CUAAAACUCUCCAAAUUAUGAGCUGAUCAUUUCAGUAUUUCUUGUCUUCAAAUCAUGCAGGACAAAUGGAGAGAUUCAUUAAUUUCAAGCACUUCAACCUUCUAUGUCAUAUUCAAUUUCCCAUGAACUUAUCAAAUUUUAAAACUAGGCACAUGGAGAAGCACUUUUGUAAAACAUCACCCACAUUUUAGCGCCUUGUCUGUUUUCCCUUUAUUCUUUAAUUUUUCUCUUCUCUUUUUCCAUCAACUGAACUUUCACCUUCUGUCUGCUUUCCACAAAAUCUUCAAACCAAAGAUACAGAAAUUCGUUUUUGCCAAAUUUAGUAAAACCAACUAUUGGAUUUCCAUCCUGAAAAUCCUCCUAAUUACUUCAACUUCAUUUUUUCUAUUUUUAGCAAGCUCUAAAUAACUAUAAAUAGCCCUACAAACAUCUCUUGGCUACUCAAAUCUUCCUUUUCCCACUAUACAUUGUUCUAACAAAUUAAUUAAUGGCUUAUUUUACUAGAGCAAUUAGCUCAUUCUUUGCAUUGCUCUGCCUUCUAGCUAUAGUCACAGAAGCUAGGAAUCUAGGACAUAAAACUAAUAAAGUAGGAUUUGUUAGAACAAAAGGUCCUCAUUUUGUACUAGAUGGAUCUCCAUUUCUCUUCAAUGGUUUCAACUCUUAUUGGCUGAUGCAUGUUGCUGCUGAGCCAAAUGAUAGGUACAAAGUCUCUGAGGUUUUCCAGGAAGCCUCUGCUGCCGGCCUUUCUGUAUGCAGGACUUGGGCUUUUAGCGAUGGUGGCGAUACAGCGUUGCAAAUAUCUCCUGGUGUCUACGAUGAACGUGUUUUUCAGGGAUUGGAUUUUGUGAUCUCAGAAGCAAGAAAGUAUGGGAUACGCUUAAUAUUGAGCUUUGUUAAUAACUACAAAGAUUUUGGAGGGAGAGAUCAAUAUGCUCAAUGGGCAAGAAAUGCAGGAAUUCAGAGUAUUAACAAUGAAGAUGAUUUUUAUUCUCAUCCAGUUCUUAAAGAUUAUUACAAGAACCAUGUUACGAAAAUAGUGACAAGGGUCAAUACCAUGACUGGAAUAGCAUACAGGGAUGACAAUACAAUCAUGGCAUGGGAACUAAUGAAUGAGCCUCGUUGCAAUGCUGAUUAUUCUGGAAAAACAGUCAAUGGAUGGGUUCAAGAGAUGGCAAGUUUUGUGAAAUCACUAGACAAAAGGCACUUGUUGGAGAUAGGAAUGGAAGGAUUUUAUGGCGAUUCAAUGCCUGAAAAGAAGCAAUUUAAUCCUGGUUACCAAGUUGGAACAGAUUUCAUCAGUAGCCAUCUUGUUAAGGAGAUUGAUUUUGCGACUAUACAUGCAUACACUGACCAAUGGUUGUCUGGACAAAGUGAUGAUGCUCAAGCAGCAUUCAUGCAAAAGUGGAUGACAAGUCAUUGGCAAGAUUCAAGAACAAUAUUAAAGAAACCAUUAGUGCUUGCUGAAUUUGGAAAGUCAAGCAAAGAUCCAGGAUACAACCAAAAUGCAAGAGACACAUACAUGAGCUUUGUUUACAGAAAUGUGUACAAUUUUGCAAAAGCGGGAGGGACUAUGGGUGGAAGCUUAAUAUGGCAGUUAGUGGCACAAGGCAUGGAGAACUUUGAUGAUGGUUAUUCAAUUAUCUUAGCUCAAAAUCCUUCAACUACAGGACUAAUUUCAGGCCAAUCUCAUGCCAUGACAACUUUGGCUAAUUUAGUUAAUAUCCCUAAGUUUGUUCGUGGACAUCAUCCAUUAGGUGUUGGACAUCAUCCAUUAGGAAUUGGACAUCAUCGUUUUGGUUGAUGAGGUCAUCAUGGACAACUUGUUUUUAAGGUGCCUGAUUUUGACCGUCCAAGUUUAUAUUCUGGAGUACUCUUAUAGCCAAAAUUGGAAUUUCCGCAUUAGCAGAAGUUAGCUCAUGUACGGUUGAUUGACUUUCUGAAUGUAUUUUGCUUACAUUUCAACACACUUGAUUUCCACUUGUUUAGGACUGAAUCGUUGUUAUUGUUGUUGUUCAAUACAUUUGUUAUUCGAAGUAGAUUUUUUCAUAUUUCUGUU